AGCGAUCGCGAAUGCGAGACACUAUCCGUCAAAUGUUACCAGAAAACAGACGAUUUUUUGUCUAGUGUCAUAGAAAAUGUUCGAACAAUUAAAACAAUAUAGCAUCAUUACAUUGACAACCACAAGACUGGCUGACGUUUCUUGCUGAGAACGUGGCUACAUAAGUACACAUACAGGAUGAUGGGAAGCACUGUGCCAUCUUCAUCUCUCCAAAAUUAUUGAAUAGCAAUGGAAUCGGUUCUUGAUUGUCUGAAGAUUCAAGACAAACAAAUCUUUGAAGAUUUAUUGGUUUACAGAACUCAUGAUGCACAUCGUUUGCUGAAGAGGCUGGAUCAUAUCCACAAAAGCCUACAGGAUGCUGAUCAGAAAGGUCACCUGAAACAAAUUGUACCGACCACUACCAAACAGUUCCUCCAACAAGUUAUACAAUGCUACUAUAGAUGUAUUGAAUCUAUGAAGCUUGCCAGAUCUGUGGAAAAGUUGUUACACCCUUGGAGAUCAACGUAUGAAGCAUAUAUCCAUGAUGAAUUGUCAGCAUUUGUUUCCUCAGUGAUAUCCAAGGAAAAUCCAGAUUUAGCAAGUUUAACAGCAGUAUCCAAUUUGCUGGAGCUUAACUUAGUGGUGAGAGAUGCUGUGGUGAAGAUUCUGGUCCCAUUUCUUAAUUGGAUAGAAAGAUGUUUAGGCCUAUUGACGAGGAAACCACCUUUAGAUCUAUCUACAACUGAGGCUGGAAAUCUUUAUAUUCUGGUCAAGAUUGUGCUGCAGCUGUUUCAAUCCUGUCCACUGGGAACAGCCAUUACAGAAAACAACCUUCCUCAGUAUAAAUCUCUGGAAUCAAUACUUAAUACAGUGUACAGCAUUCUGGAUAUUGAUGGGUAUGCCACAGACUGUGUUUUGUUGGCGGGGACAACAUUUUCCUAUGUUUUGACCACAGUCUCCACACCAGCUGUCACUGUGUCAGCUUUCUGGUCAACAUUCCAGUCUCUCAAUAAUCCAGAUUUCAAGUUUUCCACUGACAUUCUGAAGACUCCUGAAUACACACCCUGUCUGUCUAACCCCUUCAGAAAGUCCCUUGGUCCUGUUUGUCUGGUCAAAGGUAUGGUAGCCUGUAGUUCAGCUGAACUGUUGUGUUACCAAGGAGAGAACCAGUCCAAUAUUUUCAUCACUGACCUUUACCCAGUGAUGAUUGGAUACUGCACGGGACCAAUCAAUUUACACUUCCAUUCAUUUAGUUUAUUAUUGUCAUGGUUUAAAAAAUUCUCCAUGUGUUUAUCACAAAGUGAAAAUUUUCAUAUUGGAAAACUUGAAAUAAGUGCCAUUUUUCCACAAACUUUGACUUUAGUAUAUUUGAAUUGGGACAGUCCAGUAGAAGAUGUGGCAGAAAUAGUUGGAGAGAUAUUUCGAAUGUUAUUGGAAUGCUGGGAUACCACAUCAACUAAACAUAAAACUAGUCGGAAAGAAUUGGACAAUGACUUACCAGAAAGUGUUUUGUCCAAAUUAGAAACCACACCUUGGUAUGUGAAGGGAAAGUACAGGAUUCUAGCUAUACUUUUGUCUCAUAUGGACCAAGAAAAGAUACUUACAAGAUAUCCUGAGAUUAGAAAGCACCUGCAACAGUGUAUGUCUACAAACUACUUAGCUCCAUGUGGAGCAGAUGUCUACAAAUCCUUCCUUCAGCAAAUCAGGAAACAAAAUGGCAGUGAUAUCAGUGUGUGGAUUACUAUCUGGCUGGAAACCAUGAUGCAGAGUCUCACCAACAGUAACACACUACUGCGAAGUAAUACUAAUCACUACUGGGUGCAGUCCACACUCAAGGUGCUGCCAUCUGUGGGGGAUUUUCUCCAGGAACACAUGUCAGAUGUGCUGUACUCAAGUAAUACUCAGUUCCCACGACAACAUGUUCUUCAUGCCUGGGUGGUGGUGUCAAAGGUCAUCAGGAACCUUACAGGAAGGGAAGCUCAGGACUCUACUUUGCUGAGGGAAGCUCUGUACAGCAGUUCAGAAGAGACACGAGCAGAGGCAAUCAGUUUGAUGUGUUGCUCCUUACGUAAGGCAGAAUCCCUGUCAGAGAGAGACAGCACAUUGUUGAUGGAAAUUCUGCCCUUCAACCUGAAGAUUGAUUCUGCCCCGUUUAGACAACAUCUGGGAGCCAGUGUGAAGAAGCUAUUGGCCAGAAUACGAGACAGCUGUCUUGCGGGUUUAAAGGUCAAAAAGGAUACCUUAAUAGGUCCCUCUUUAACAUUUGUUGAAUGGCUGCACCAACUCUUGGUAGAUAACCUGAUGCCUGGGGCUUGUUACCAAAGACGCAAGACUUGUCUUGACCUCUUAACCAUUGUGUAUGACACACUGGUGUACCAGACCGACUCCAGACAGAGAAAGUCCUUCACACCAGAAUCAACAUUAUCGUUGGUCGCCUAUGCCAGGGAACAGAAUUUAUGGGAUUUUUUUUCUGCAUCCAACAAAGUCUGUCUCCUCCAAUGUUUAUGUGAUGGCGCUGACGAGAUCCAAGAAAUGGCUGCUCAUUUAUUGAUGAAGUAUUUUCAAUGGCCAUUGUUAUCAUAUUCAUCAAGACCUAGAAUGACUCAGGAGGACUUUGCAUGCCACCUGCUGACUCAUGCACUCAAUUGUUGUAACAGUCCAAAGGCUUCGGAAAGUCAGAGUGGAGCUCUUCUGACAAAGAUCAUCUUCACAAAGUAUGUAGUAGAACAGGGAUGGACAUUUGAAAUGUCUCUCACUGAAGUUGGGGUGCAUUGUACUGUUCAACCUUUAAACAAUCCAAGAGGAGAUAACGCAGCUGUGAAGUUUCUGAGAACACUCAUCUCAUUCAUUGUUAAGACUUUGGAAGCUUCCAAGACCAAUGUUGUUUUGGCCUCAAGGACAUCACCAGUUCAUGGGUUUGUUACGGCCUGUACAAGAUGUGUAACUGAGACCGUGGACCUUCUGUGCAAACACUUGAGUGACUUAGACACAGUUGUUAUGGAGAUGAUAUCAUUGAAUAUAGAUGUGAUUGAUACAAUGCUGAAGGUGAUGGCUAGAGACAGUGAGAUGGAGUUGUGUCCAUCCUUUGCUGAGAUCGGUUCUGCUCUUGAGAGUUGGAUCGCGGAGAGUGAGGAUACAUAUACAGAGUCGACAUCUUUAUCUGCAGAGUAUCAAUACCUGCUCUCCUGGUGCUGGAUCAACCUCAAGGAGAGUUGUAAGAGCUUGGGCCACCUCACAGAAGUACUGGAUCAAAAUAAAGAAGGAGCUAUGAAAACCAUACACAGAAUUAGUCAAGUGUUCCUAAACAUUCUCACAAAUUGCCGUCACAAGGGUGUUAUAGAGGGUUGUCGAUCAGCUUUUGCCCGCUUUUGUUAUUCACUGUUUACAUCCAUCAAUAAGGAACUUAAUCAGAUUCCUGAACUCAUCCUGAAAGAGUCUUUGUCCACCCUGGUUACCAAGGCGACCUCUACCUCCACGACCAGGAUGUCAGCUGGGCUGCCUAUAAUUAUACAGACUAUUGUCAGCUGUGAGAGGAAAUAUAAAAAGACCAAGCUGUUACAGACGGCCCUAGACUCUCUAUUCCACAUCACCAGUCUACCCCUGGCUGCACAGCUAGAUGAUAAGUUUGACUUACCUCAGGUUCACGGCUUGAACAUCCUCAACUCCCUCUACAGUGACUCCAGUUUGUCCGCAUCGCUCACACAAUACAUAGAGAACACUGUAAAGCUGGUGGUGGACAGCUUUGGUUCGCCAGCCUGGGCUAUACGUAAUGCUGCCACACGACUUUUCAGUGCUUUGGUGACAAGGAUAUUUGGUCCUAGGAAGAGUUUGGAGGAAGGUGCCUGUAAUACAUUGUCUUUCCAGGAGUUUGCUGCCCAUUACCCAGAGAUACCUCCCUUUAUGCUAGGACAGCUAGACAGAGCUCUACAGACAGAUAUUGGUGCUGUAGACAAGCUCCACCCAUCUCUCUUCCCUGUGCUAACUCUGCUGUCACACCUUGGACCCACAGAAACAGCUGAACAGCAGCACAGCCUUAUCACAGAGUUCAAGAGUCGGAUCGAGUUCUUGUUGGCAAGUCCAGUGUAUUACCUCCGCCAUUUGACAGCAAGUGCAUUUGUUGCUAUGAUAACUGUACAGUCAGUGAAGGACUCUAUGAUAAGCCUACUGAAGGACAUCCCAGAGAAUCCAUGUCCAAGUCACAAGUACAACAGACUUCAUGGAACUCUUCUGUGUUUGGAGAAAACUCUAGUCGUCCAUAAUGCAUGUAUAAGUGAAACUGACUGUGUGGAUGUGAUGAAGGUACUGAAGACACGAGCUUGGAUAAGUAGUGACCCAGCAGUGUGUCCACUCAUCACAAAUACGUACCUUUCUGUACUCAAUAAACUUACAGAAUUGUUUCCAGCUAAAGUGCGGACUGAUAGUCUUCAUUUGGUCAGGUUGAUGCAGAAGUCUGCUACCUGUCAUUAUAAAAGUGUCAAUCUGGGCCAAGGAGUAUUAACCAAGAACCUGGUACAGUGUUUGCUGAGGAACCACGACUGGGAGGUGGAGAAUGAUGACGAGUUAGUUCAUGACCUACUCGGGGGGACUGAAAAGGACGCUAAGCUGGCUUGUGUGUCCACACUGGAAUGUAUGCUGGAGUCAAGGACCUGGCAAGCUUUGCAGUGGAGCACCAUUCAGGGUCAGCUGAUUGAUGUCCUUCAUAGGGAGACUUACCCUCCAUUGCUGGCCAACUGUCUGUCUCUGUUACUCAAUAUACACAACACUCAUGGCACCAACUCGGACACUGCCGAACAAUUGUACCAGUACUGCUGUAACCAUGGUGACAGUCAAGGGGGAAGUCUGGAGGCAACCAUACUGGCAGUAAUGGCAAUCGGAAUUAAAAACAGUUUUGACAUUUCUAGGCCCUCGUCACCAGACCUGAUUGCAUGGUGCAACCGAGUGUUGAAGGCCAGCAGAACGACCGGUGAUGAACAUUUUAGACUUGCUGCCGCACAAGCCAUGGGCACAGCUGGACAUGUCAUAAUGUCUCCAUCCGGGGUGUCUGAAGAUGUUACCCAUCAGGAGUGUGUUGUAAAACUUUUCCAGGCAUUGUCAAACCUGAUCCAGGAUGAUGACACAGAUGUACGAGUACAAGCAAUGGAGAUUAUACCACACCUGUGUUACAAAGGAAGGUCUAUUGAGUAUGGUGCUGUACAAUACAACACCGGAUACCAGCUGCUGUUUGAGUUCCUACACAUGUCAUACUGGUGGUCAGAGGCUGUGGUGUCCAGUCUUGUUAAGAUGUUGUACCAACCAAAGGAUGUCCAUGCAUGCAUUACACACAAGCUUACUACAUGUCAGCAGCAACUAUUUGAGCAGGAGGAUGAUACAUUCUGCACAGAAAGUAUAUUUACCAGACUCCAAAUCUACAAGUCAUUGAAGAAUAUUGUGGGUAAAUGUGAAGAUGAGCAGUCCUACUCUAGUAUCCAAUGUCUGAGAGAGACAGGACAAGCCCUGAGUGCUGAUCUAGUGUUUGUGGAGGAUUUCCUCAACACACAUGUGAAGGGUAAGCCUGUAUACAAUGUCUGUAUGGAUACAGCAGUUCUAUCAGCUAUUGCUGGUUGUGUGCUGUUUGGUUUGGUCCUGGUUGACGCCAAUGUUCUUUCCGAGCUUUUCAACUCUACACAGCUGCAAAACAUUAUCUCUAAUCCAAAUCUGCCACCUUCGUUCAUACAUAGAAUUUGUGGAACAAGUAAUCAAGACAGAAACUGGUUGGAGUAACUUGAGUGACGUGAAUGAUUAAAAUUUAAAACCUGAUGGAUUUGUGUGGCUGUAGCUAAUUAAUGAUUCCUAGUACUAUACUAUAGGACUCUUUCAUUUCUCAGGUAGUAGGAUGGGGACAUUCCACCAGAGGUCACAAAAUGUUGUAAAACCCGAGACUUUACUGAGGGUUUUAACACAUUUUGGACCAUGAAGGUAAAGUAUCCCAUCCUUCACCCUACAUGUGAUAAGAGUAUUUUUCUCUCAUUUCCCAUUCUUAAAUAUUGAAAAAAUAUUAGCUUCACAUCGACAAUUUACCAACUACCAAGGACGCCAUACUAUACAAAAAUCAUAUUUAUUGGCGCAAUUAAUUGACAAGUUGACAUAGAAAAUAAAUUCUCUGUAUGUAGAUUUUACAAACAAAAUUUGACCUAGAAAGAAUAAACAGUCAUUGUAAAUAACUAUUUGUACACAUGUGUAAAAAUUGUAUCAUGUCAUGACGUCUUUGGGAAGGGACACGUCACAUUUCCUACAUGCGCAUGUCUGUAUUGCAUGGGUGUAUGUGUUAUACAAGAACAGCCAACCUGGGUGUAUUGCUGUGGACAGACCAGUAUUACAUGGGUAGAAAUGAGAGAAAAGACUUUAUGACUACUUAAAUGCUGAACUAGAAUGUAGAGACUUGAUACAAUUUUUUAUCCUGUGACUAGCACUGCCAUUGUCAGAAUACACCUGCCACAUAAAUUUUUGCUAUAUUUGGCUGUGAUGGAAAGCAGUUGUAUUUGAGCAAGUGCAUUAAUUUGACAGAAUUACUUACUGAAUAUACUUAUAUAGUAGCAUGUUUAGAAAUUGAAAUAGUUAUUGAAAUAGGCGAUUUUACAUAUUAAGAAGAAGUUGAUUUAUGAAAAUUCAUAAAAUCGCUCUUAUAUGGGAUGAAGUUUGAAACUAUAUUUCCACAUGGAGCAAUUAUUUUGGUGCCCAUUGUCUGAUAAAACUCAGGGUAACAUCAAAGUCAGGUAGAGAGAUUGAACAACAAAAAGGUUAAAGUUUAAAUAGUCCGAUUUUAAAGCAAUGCUGCAGGAUAAAUAGAAUAUAUAGUCAUUGUCAUAAAAUACCAGCUGUAUUUUGGGGCGGGUGAAGAGACAAAAGUGGGAGCUUCUGGACAUGUAUUCUCUAUGUAUACUGGACAAGAUAUUAACUUGUGUAUAGAAAGUCGUAUACAAAUGUUUAUAAAAA